AUGUACGGCCGAGAUCCAUGGGGUGGUCCACUCGAGAUCAACGCCGCCGAUUCCGCCACCGACGACGAUCGUAGUCGGAAUUUGAACGAUCUCGACCGUGCGGCUCUCUCACGUCCCCUCGACGAGACGCAGCAGAGCUGGCUUCUUGGUCCGACCGAGCAGAAGAAGAAAAAGUAUGUCGAUCUCGGCUGUAUAAUCGUCAGCCGCAAGAUCUUCGUCUGGACCGUCGGUACUAUCGUCGCCGCCGCUCUGCUCGCUGGAUUUAUCACCUUGAUCGUCAAGACUGUGCCGCGCAACCACCACAAGCAUCCGCCGCCUGACAAUUACACACUCGCCCUCCACAAAGCUCUCAAGUUCUUCAAUGCCCAGCGAUCUGGGAAGUUGCCGAGGCACAAUAACGUGUCAUGGAGGGGUAACUCUGGGCUUCAAGAUGGGAAAGGCAGUCCAGGGAGCUUCUACAAAGAUUUGGUGGGAGGUUAUUAUGAUGCUGGAGAUGCUAUCAAGUUCAACUUCCCCAUGGCUUAUGCUAUGACCAUGUUGAGCUGGAGUGUUAUCGAAUACAGCGCCAAAUUCGAAGCCGCAGGAGAGCUCGCCCAUGUCAAGGAACUCAUCAAAUGGGGAACUGACUACUUCCUCAAGACCUUCAAUAGCACCGCUGAUUCGAUUGAUGAUCUCGUCUCUCAGGUCGGAUCAGGAAACACCGACGAAGGGAGUACUGAUCCUAAUGACCAUUACUGCUGGAUGCGGCCUGAGGACAUUGACUAUAAAAGGCCUGUAACUACCUGUAAUGGCGGCUGCUCGGAUCUCGCUGCUGAGAUGGCAGCUGCGCUGGCUUCAGCAUCCAUCGUCUUCAAGGACAACAAGGAAUAUUCUAAAAAGCUUGUCCAUGGUGCUAAGACCGUGUACCAGUUUGGAAGGACACGGAGAGGGAGAUACAGUGCAGGCACUGCGGAAUCUAGCAAGUUCUACAAUUCAAGCAUGUACUGGGAUGAGUUUAUUUGGGGUGGUGCUUGGUUGUACUACGCUACAGGAAACGUAACCUAUCUCGAACUAAUCACCAAACCUACCAUGGCCAAGCAUGCUGGUGCCUUCUGGGGUGGCCCUUUCUAUGGUGUAUUUAGCUGGGACAACAAGCUUGCAGGCGCCCAGUUGCUGUUGAGCCGGUUGAGGUUAUUUCUUAGUCCUGGCUAUCCAUAUGAAGAAAUUCUAAGAACCUUCCACAAUCAGACAAGCAUAGUCAUGUGCUCAUACUUACCUUAUUUCAACAAAUUCAACAGAACCAAGGGAGGUUUGAUAGAGUUGAAUCAUGGAGACCCACAGCCUCUGCAGUAUGCUGCAAAUGCAGCUUUCUUAGCGACACUCUACAGUGAUUAUCUGGAUGCUGCUGAUACUCCUGGAUGGUACUGUGGACCUAAUUUCUAUUCAACCAAAGUCCUACGCGAGUUUGCGAGAUCCCAGAUUGAUUACAUACUCGGUAAAAACCCUCGGAAAAUGAGUUAUCUGGUGGGUUUUGGCCCACGAUACCCGAGACGCGUGCAUCACAGAGGUGCUUCGAUUCCUAAGAACAAAGUCAAAUAUAACUGCAAAGGAGGAUGGAAAUGGAGAGACAGCAAGAAACCAAACCCAAACACGAUUGAAGGAGCCAUGGUUGCUGGUCCUGACAAGCAUGAUGGGUUCCGCGAUGUCCGUACUAACUACAACUACACUGAACCGACCCUUGCUGGAAAUGCUGGUCUGGUCGCAGCUCUCGUGGCAUUGUCGGGUGACGAAGACACCUCUGGUACUAUAGACAAAAAUACUAUUUUCUCAGCUGUUCCUCCGUUGUUCCCGACUCCACCGCCGCCACCAGCACCAUGGAGACCUUGA